ACUCGCCAGGCGGGGGUCGCUACCGGUCUCCUAGUGACUUUCGUCGUCGGGGGUCGCGUGACACGUGCGUGAGAGAAUACCGGUCUCGUUCCCGGUCCCGGUCCCGAUUUCGACCCGGCACGACGAUCGAGUGGUUCCACGUCGGCGUCGCGACCGCGUGAGAUCGGCGAGAGAUUGAUCGGUGACAGUGGUUGGCGAUCCACCGAAGUCGCGGUUUCGCGGCAGGUCCGCGAGAGAUCGACGAUCUCGUGCCGGAUGACACUUGGUGAUCCGAAUCCACGAGUCACAGAAGGACGGCGGGAGAUCGGAGAUCGCGACACCUGAAACCCGGUGAUCCAUCGUCAUCGGACAGCUCCGUCGUUGAUCGUCGCGAUUGUGCCGACAGCUGUCGCGGACGACUCCUCGAGGUGGGCUCCUUGAAGAUUCGUGCGCGCGUCUCGCUUGAAAUGGUUUCCAUCCGGGAGUACGGCGGAUCCGGUGUCUUGUGGCAUCCGUUAAAGAUCGGGUAUCCUCAAGUAGUCAACGAAGUUUCGAGCAGUUUGCUCCGCGGAGAGCCUUAAUGCGGUGUCGACCCCGAUACUUCGCCUUGCUUCAUUAUCGCUCUCCUACCUCGUGGGAUAAUCCGAGGUACGCGCGGUGUACGAUGAAACAUUAAGUGCCACGAGCCACAAGCACCACGAUCCCCCGUGAACCCCGAAGUGUGUGAGAUAUCUAUAGUUCUGGGUAUAUUAAAACUUUACUUAAUCGCGAGCGCAGCCAUCGUUCUCAAUUGUCGGACCGUCACGGUGAUAUUGCAGAAUUCAAGAAGUGCCGCUUCACGACGAGCCUCUCAAUCUUCUUUCCACGAAGACUUUCAUCGUGAUUUGUGACAGGGAUAAUCCGCAUUUCGCUUCGACCGAGGAAUUAAAGAAAGUUUUCAUCUCCAGUUUUGAUGGAUCUACCAACGACGUCCAACGAUAGUUAGAAUAUAGUCCUUCCCUUGUUUUCAUGGUAAAACGUCAUCUGUAGAAUUGAGCCCGAAGGGGGUAAAAAAAAAAGGACAACAGCUGCGAAUAACGUGGAAGACGAGCGAUCGAAGGCGAAGGUGGAAGGAAUGUACAAUACAGGAAUACAAGUAUCGUUUCGAUCGAUUGGCUAAGCUGGUGGGACAUUUUGCAGCUUCCCCUUCGAGUUCUCUCGAACGAUUGAUAUACAUAUACACAUACACAUACGUAACACACAUACAUACGGAUCGUGUAGGCUUCACUCACGAAAAUUCGCAGAAUCGUGAUGCACAAGUGGCAAGAAGCAGUAAACGGUAACGCAAACGAUCGUUCCUACAACUGUAUGAUCUAAUCAGCGAAUCGGUUGAUUGAAGUGGCUCGUUAGAUCACGUCCGACGUAUUACCAGUUCGAAUUGUUCGCGCGAGUGAUCACGGAGUGAAGCAUCGCGGUAUCGAAGGAUGGAGAGAAAUCGGAGGAACGCGAGGUCGCACAAACGUGGAAGGACAGGAUUUGCGUACCCGUGCGUUUCCUCUUGAGAGGCUCCGCGACGUGCCUCCGACCGUAUAUUCGCGCGUUAAACGCGAGCGCGCCGAUUGAUCACGAAUCAGCAAACAGGGUGCCGUCGGUGAUGUUUGCCGAGCGACGGGGAGACGUGCGUAAUAUAAGUUUGCCAAUCAACGCGAGAGAACGAGAACGCGGAACGUGCGAGCGCAUAUCUCGCGAGAACGAAUUCCCAAGUCACCAGAUAACGUCUAUCGAUUGGAAAUAUAUCGUCGCACCGUCGAAAAUUAACGGAACACCCACUAAAUGUGUAUCGAAAAUCGAAAGAUAUCCGUCACACGAAAGGGGAUGAAAAGUUUAUCCUGUCGGCUUUUAUUCAAUCGUAUAUCUUACACUUUUUAAUCGAGUAUCCGAUCGGAUAAUUCGGGCAUUGUGCGGAAAUCUCACGGGAGAGAGAGAGAGAGAGAGAAAGAGAAAGAGAAAGAGGGAGAGAGAGUGUCACGAUGGAGAAGUGACUGUAUCGGAGGGCCGAGUGCUGAAUUAGAAGUCAAGGGAGAUCGACGAAGUGGAAGCGAGGAUCGAUCAGUCGACGUGUGAGAUUCGACCAAACGGCAAAGGGAAUUCUGGGAUCACGGUGGUCAAUCGUUGCGAUCGAUCGAGCUUUAAAACGUCGCGGAACGAGCCGAGUGCGACGUGUCGAGAGGAGGCACCGAAGAGCGAACGAGAGCUGCCCGGAAGGACCAUCAGCGGGAAAAGAGGAAGACGCGGAGGCGGGAGGUCACGUACACUUGUAUUUUUUGCCCUCGCGGGAAAUCAGCGACCGAGGAGCGGAGCUGUCAAGAGUACAAAGGAUAGCGAAACAACGUUGUCGUUCUUUACCACGGUGGGCCGACAAAUUGAUAACGAGUCGAUCGUUAUAUCACGCCCUACGGAAACGAGAUUCGUUUGAGCAGGAAGGGGGAAAGGGCGCGUCUAGGAGUGUGUUCUUUAAAACGAUUCGCGAAAAUCGUAAAAGCUUCUCCCGGCAUUCACUGAUGCUCGUUUUAACUGCAUGCCAGAGAAUUAUUUUCAAGCUUCAUAUGGCAAAUCUACCGGCGUGUUUCUCUGCGCCGCUCGCUGCUGAUCAAAAGAACGGCUCGGUCGUAGCACGAAGAAAAGAGCGGAGAAACUAGAAGCGUAAAGACGUUGUGCGGUUUUCCGAUAGAAAAUCGUGGCCCGCCGUGAGACAAUUCCAAAAAUUCUCUUCAGACAAGGUAGCCGAGAAACGAAUUUCGAGAACAGAUCGAGGAGCAGUGAACGAAAGUAACGGCAACACGAAUGUCACGAGAAAGCAUAUAAUUCAACGAAGUUUUAUCCUUUUCUCCCCGCUUCUCUCUUUCACUCCUCGGGAACUUUUGGCGCGGCAAUUUAUCCUAUCCGCGCGCCGCCCUUCACGGUGGCUUAAAGAUAUCACGAGGGAUCCAAGAUGUGCCUCGGCCUCUCCCGCGAGAUUAUCAGGAGUAUCAGAACCUUUAUCGGGAACAGGGAGAAAUGAAGUUAUCAGUGUCGGCUUACACAGCUCAGGCUAGUGCUCACAAGAAUCUCUGUAGCUAUCAGCAACAGCGGAGCUACGGGGCCACGAAUCAGGCGUCCUCGGCCCGGACCCCCUCAGACCUCGCGACGGUCCUUCCUGGCCUCAAGGUGGAUCGGGCGGAGAAGGAAGAAGGGCAGGGAGAGGGUGGUCUGGUGCCGUCUUGUAGUGGUGCUUCCGGUUCGAGGAUGGGCCCUGGGCCCGAUUCCGGUAGCAGCGCUCCCUCAUCAGUUCCCCAGUCACUGGCUACCUCAAGGGACGACGAGGACGACGAGGACGACGAGAGCAGCGGUAGGCCAACUAAUGGCCACGGAGGAUCGAGGUCAUUGGAGAUCUACCGUCGACGACACGCUAUCUCGGGUCAUCGACAAGCCUCAGCGAGCAGGUCGGCCGGUGCUGGACUCGCCGCCGCCACCUCGACCACUUCGGAAUCGCUGGAGAGCUACGCCCUCGAUACAGAGAUACCCGCCGCAUCCAGGAGGCCUCGUAGCACGAGGGGCUCGCAAAAAUGGAGUAACGUACGCGCGGUCAUGGCGUUAUAUUCCUCUCUACGCAAAAUCAAGAGAACGAAGAGCAAUCAACGGUGGAUGAAACUGCGCACGACCGUGCAGCUGUCCUCGGCGAUCUCCACGAUCCAGAAGAAGCCACCACUGAAGCGCGAGGACUCGUUCCUGAAGAGGUUCUCCACCAGGCAGAUACCGGAGAGCCAGGAGACCCUCGACACCGCCGAGGGCGAGGGAGACGCGACAGACGACAAGGAGACGGGUAACCGGCGCCGCAGGCGACCCCGCAGGCCUCAAAAACCGCCCAAGACCGUGGUCAAUCCCGACGAGAACUUCUAUUAUUACUGGCUGAUGCUGCUGUCGGCCUGCGUCCUCUACAAUCUUUGGACGCUGAUCGUCCGUCAGAGUCUGCCGGAGCUGCAGGCGCUGGCGCCUAACACCUGGCUCGCUUGCGACGGCUUCACCGACGCCGUGUUCUUCCUAGACGUGGCGGUGCAGUUUCGCACCGGCUACCUGGAGCAGGGCCUGAUGGUCUACAACAGUCGGAAGCUCGCCGGUCACUACCUCAAAUCCAAGUCCUUCGUUCUGGAUUUGUUCGCGCUGCUGCCGCUCGAUCUGCUCCAGGUGAAUCUCGGCAGCAAUCCCAUGCUGAGGUUUCCCAGGUUCCUCAAGAUUUACCGAGUGUACAAUUAUUACUACAUGGUGGAGUCGCGGACGGUCUAUCCGAAUCUCUGGCGCGUGCUGAAUCUUAUUCACAUACUGCUCAUACUGGCGCACUGGUUCGGCUGCUUUUACUACCUGCUGAGCGAGGCCGAGAGCUUCCAGGGCGACUGGGUGUAUCCCUACCGGCCCGGCGAGUACGCCACCCUGACCAGGAAGUAUCUCGGCUCCCUUUAUUGGUCUACCCUGACGCUGACGACCAUCGGUGACCUGCCCACGCCGGAGACCAACGCCGAAAUCGCGGGCGGCAAUCCCCGGAGCCUCGCCCGUCGCGGCCGACUGUCCCGGCUUCUGCAGUUCAAGCAUAAUGGAGGGUACGUCUUCACGAUAGUCAGCUACUUGAUUGGCGUCUUCAUAUUCGCGACCAUCGUCGGCCAGGUCGGCAACGUCAUCACGAACAGGAACGCGAACCGUCUCGAGUUCGAGAGGCUCCUGGACGGCGCCAAGACCUACAUGAGGCACCACAAGGUGCCGGGCGGUAUGAAACGACGGGUGCUCAGGUGGUACGACUACAGCUGGUCGCGCGGCAGGAUACAGGGCGGGGGUGACAUCAACACCGCUCUCGGUCUACUCCCGGACAAGCUCAAGACCGAGCUGGCGUUGCACGUGAACCUCUCGGUGCUGAAGAAGGUCACUAUUUUCCAGGAAUGUCAGCCGGAAUUUCUGCACGAUCUCGUCCUGAAGAUGAAGGCCUACAUUUUCACCCCCGGCGAUUCAAUAUGUCGGAAGGGAGAGGUCGCCCGUGAAAUGUUCAUAAUAGCCGACGGUAUUCUAGAGGUGAUCAGCGAAACUGGCAGAGUCCUCACGACAAUGAAGGCCGGGGACUUCUUCGGCGAGAUUGGUAUACUCAACCUGGACGGGUUGAAUAAACGCACAGCCGACGUUCGUUCGGUGGGUUAUUCCGAGCUGUUUAGCCUCUCGCGGGAGGACGUGCUGGCAGCGAUGAAGGACUACCCGGAGGCGCAGUCGAUCCUCCACAGCCUCGGCCGAAAGCGGCUGAUGGAAGCGCAGAGGGUAGCGCGGUCAUCGCGCCGGCCUACAUCCCCCGGUCACGAUUCGUCCGACAACAGUACCGGCAAGAGGAUCGUUGACAAGCUGAAGAGCGACGUGAAAGGCCUAAAGAAUGUCCUGCGAAAGAGCAGGCGUAACACACGGCCGGAGGAGAGCCUGGAGCUUCAGCCACUGGCGCCGAAGGCGCCAGUUCUGAAACGGCAGCAGAAGAUCGACGACGGCCAGGACCUGUCGCUGCCCAAUACCCAGGAGCAGCCAGUGUCACCGCUGGGCGCCGGUUUUCCGCUGCUGUCCAGGCUCAGGCUGUUGAAGGAAAAGGAGGAGAGGGAGGAACGGCACAACCUGAUGGACACGUCGAGCCACGCGGCAGAGCCGCACGCGCCGCCAGUUUCAGAAGCCUUGAACCCCACGAAUCCGAACCUGCCGUUCCUGCAGAGGAUACUUCUGCUGAAGACGAAGAAUGAGCAGGAGAUCACCCAAGUGGAAAGGGAGAUGCCCGCUAAGGAGUCCCUGUUGCCCAGGAACACCAUACCCGAGGAGACGAGCACGCAAUCGGACGAGCAGUCGUCCUCGGGUCGUCAGAGCGUCGCCGUGACCGCCGUGACCACCGUGACCUCGCAGGUUGAAACGCGCGUGGUCAAGGCGCUCAAGAAGCCCUGGACCACACUGAAAAACGCGUCGUUGACAACCGCCAAGGACAAUUCGCCGCAGAGAAGCCCGCCGGCCAGGAAGCUGCAGCAGACCAAGAUGUACGCCUCUGUUGACGACCUCUCGCCGGAGUACUGCGGUCUGCCGUUUGUCAAGAAGCUCAAAAUUCUCAAUGAGAGGCAGAAGCUGGCCGAGCUGGAGAAGGAAGUCAGGAGCUCGUCCCUCGAUUGCGGUGAGAAUGCCGAGCCGGAGUUCGACAGCAACCUUACGAGGAGCCACUCGGAGGCCUGUGCCAUUGAGUAUGCCAGGAAGCUGGCCAAAUUUAAUCUAGAUCGACAAGCGGCGGGGUCGUCGGCGACGGAACAGCUGUCGCCGGAGAACGAGACACUCGAGAGGCGGAACCUGAAGAGCAUCCUGAAGAAACUGUCGGCCAGCAGUAGGGCCGGCAGUUCCGAGACCGCGGCUACGAUUACGCCGAAUCGCGAGGCCGCGACCGCCGAGCUGAGAAGGCUGAUGAGAGCGCCGACGAUCGAGGGUUACGCCGCGCGGCACUCGAAGCUGUCCAAAAGCGUGACCUUCAACAAGUACACGCUGCAGAGCCCGCCGUCCGAGCAGCCCCUGCAGCUGCCAUCGAAUUACUCGCUGUCCGACACUCAGGAUCAGCCGUCACUGCUGCCGCCCAAUAAAUUUAGUUUCCGUCCUGUGAGCAGUGCCGGUGGUGUCCUGCAAACGGUGUCCCGGCCGCGGGAGGAGGAGUGCCUGGGCGAAUUGCUCUCCGGAGUCGGCGAGGUCAUCAAGGCGGGCCUGGACGACAUGCAGAGCAAAUUCGAGCGACAGUUCACGUCGCUGGAGCUGGAGGUCCACAAGCGUGACGAGAUAAUAUCACAGCUACAGUCGCGGAUCCAGCAGCUGGAGCGACGGAAACUGCGGGGUGCGGACGACUCCGGCGGGGACAGUACCGAGCACGACGCUUCUAUGGAGGAGGAUCUCGAAGACGAUCACGAGGAUCAUCCCUUCAUGCGUGACAGCUCCGUGGACACCGUUCUUGGGUCCAUACGGUCCCGUGACCGGCAUUCGUCCUCGUCGGUCGGCUCGAGCUCGCGCAGCAGGCGAUCGUGGGAGGAACACUCGGAGAGAGAAACCCUGGAGCUGCAGGAGCUGCCGAACUCGAUAGUGCCGCAGAGACUGCCGCGGGAGGAUAUUGCGAUCGACGUCGAAUCGAACAGCGACAGCAGAUCGGACGAGGAAAUUGACAUCUGCGGGCGUCGCAAGGGUGACAGCGAUGAGGGCGACGAGGAGAACGACGAGGAAGAAGAGGAAGAGGAGGACGACGACGACGACGAGGACGACGAUGACAAGAUUGUGCGGCAAGACGGCUACAACAACUGGGAGGUCGCCCUGCUGGCGAAGCAGCUCGAGAAGAGGAGAAGAAGCGGCGAUAACGCCAGCCCGGGUUCCUAGCGCAUUAAUGAGAUUCUAGAAAUACUGUGUUACCUCACGAACACGUUACGCUCCGACGGAUGGUGCAACCCGCUGGCUGGGUCCAGCGGUAGUGCAGCUUUUUGCGAACACGAUCAUCGCCCAUAUUCACAGUUAUUAGACUUCGAUAGUAUGACUAGCUGCAGUGAGACUAUGAUGUAGUCCGAUCUCGUAGGGCGUUGUUAAUAAUUUUUUCUCCCUAUUUUUCAUCCGUUUCAUCUAAUUUAGUUUUGAGUAUCUGUGAUAGGUCUCCAGCUCGAUGGAUCGGCGACCCUGUAAUAAUUUUCUCUUUGCAUCGCGCCGAUAUUUUAUCUCGCGUACAAAACAAGUACUUUUGUCUCCUUUCUCAGCCUUCUCCUUAUCUGCUUUUCUUCUUCGCUGUUAAAGCGAUCUUAUCGCAGAUAUAACUAGUUCAAAUGAUUUGGUUUUUCUCUCAAACGUACAUUGGAUUGUAAAUAUUCACAGGUGUGCCUGAGGAAAUAUUAUACAUGGGAUUCUUCUCUUAUUAUAUAGACAUCCUAUAAUUGAACGUACAAGAUAUCUCGGAGUAGCUAUAUACCAAUAGCAAGAUUUACUACUUACAGAGAGUUUCUUAAACGAAUUUGAAUAUUUUCUAGGGCAAAAAUCGAAACUUGGGCUAGAAUGCCGCGCAACAAUACCUAAACACCAUUACAUCUCAUUGACAGAAAUAUAUGUAACUUUCUGCCAUUUUGUUGGCAAUGUCUGAGCGCUCUUCUUUGCUCUUCCCGGUUUAUCCAUUUAAUCAUAUUCCUGAAAAGCUGCACCACGAACGAACGGAGAUAUUAGUCGGUUGUAUGAAGCGAGAGGAGGAAUAAAUAAUUUUAGAAAAAAAACAGAGAAAAAGAGAGAAGGAAAGAGAAAGAUAUAAACAGAGAGAUAUAAAUAUAAUUUGAAGCGACAGAACUUAAUGAGAAUAUAUUACGUAUACUGACCAGACCAAGCUCAAUAUUUCUAGAGUCUUUACAAGAUACGUCUAUUAAGCGACAAAUGAUUAUUAAAGUAAGAAAAAGAGAAUUAUUAAGAUCUUGUACAUAUUAGUCGAUAAUUUAUUUAUUUAUGAGCGAAAGAGGAAGAGCGAAUGCAAGAGAGUAAGAUUGUGGAGAGAGGGAGUAGGAGAUACAAAAUAUAAAAGUUAGUGCAAGAAUGAAUUUUACUGGAUUACAAGGAGAGAAGCAUUUUAGAUGCUGAUAUGUACCUAAUAUGCGGACGAAAGGAACAUACAAUAAAGCAAAUGUUUUCAAA